GAGCCACCCAGGCACACUGAGAAUUUGCAUUUCUAAGAAGUUCCCAGGUGAUGCUGAUACUGCUGGUCCCAGAACCACACUUUGAAAACUAGUCUUCUUUUUGGUCUCCACCAUGGAAACAAUAUGAUGAAGGGGAUGUCAUCAUUUGAAAAGCAUUGCAAUAAGAUGCACGCAUUGUGCUGCUGCUGUGGCUCUAAGUCCUACCAUCUUCAGAAAUUGACCUGUGGCAAAUGUGUCUAUCUUGCCAAGCAGAAGAGAAAGUAUAACUGGAGUGGCAAAGCUAAAAGACGAAAUACCACUGGGACUGGUCAAAAGAGGCACCCAAAAAUUGUGUGCCGCAGAUUCAGACAUGGAUUCUGUGAAGGAACAACACCUAAACCCAAGAGGGUGGCUGUUGCAGCAUCCAGUUCAUCUGAAGGAUUCAAUGAUUAGUCACAAGAUAAAUGUUCUGGUUUUAAAAAAAGAAGAAAGAAAGAAAGAAAGAAAGAAAGAAAGAAAGAAAGAAAGAAAGAAGAAAGAAAGAAAGAAAGAAAGA